UGGUGUGUUGCUCCAGCAAAGGCGCGCAUUGAAUUGCCAAUUGGCUGGAAAGUGGCCCCAAGUCGGCAUGACAGUGGUGAAUGGGGUGAAAUUGGCCAGGAAGGCGAGGCUGGUGCUCCUGCUGGGCCUCUGUAUGGCAAUGCUGGGACUCCUUUGGCAGCAUUUCUGGGCCACGCUCGUGCCAAAUAUCUUCCUGUGGCGAUUGAAAUGGGAAUUGCCGCUGGAGAUUGAGAUGAAUAUUUCACUAUUCAAUUGGGUGAACUCCAACGAGAGUCUGCAGAAGCCCAUCUUCGCCGAAACUGGGCCAAUCACUUUCCGGCAGGAGAGCGCAAAUGAUGAAUAUGCGCGCGAUUAUGUGAUUCGGCCCAUAUUCCAGGGGCAUCUGCGGAAGAAGUUCUACUGCACCGCCAACUGUGCCAAUCUCAGCAUCGAUAGCAUCUCGACGCUGAAUUUCAGGCGUUCGUUGCCCAGCGGCUGGCGUGACACCUCGAGGCCUUGCUCUUGGCUCCCUUGCGCACUGCAGGAAGCCCUGUUCGGCGGUCGGCGAGAGGAGAAAACCAGAGACGUGACUUCUGACCCUUUUGGCCUCAGUCUGGUGAGUUUGGCGUCCGACAUCGACAUUUUCGACAGGGAAAUUGUCACCUCUGACCACAAUCGCUCAGCCAUCGUCGUCAGAGCGACAGGCAUCUGCAGAGCAAUCACACUCCUCGCCACCGGCAUUCCCGAGAGUCUCCAUGGCAUUGCCGCUGAUAGAUUUACAGCCAUACAUGAUGAUUCCGGGCCAAACUUCCUGAACGUCUCCUGCGCCAGUUCGGAGAUUCCACUGUUCAUCUCCCCGCCUGGCGUCUCAAUUGCGGUGGAGCCAACUUUUAGCAUGAUCAUUAGUGCGAUUUAUGAGCUGGAAUUCCUCGUUAUGCUGCCAUUCAAUCGCCAGCCUGACGCACGGACGUUCCUGCCAUUGCUGAAAAUUCGCCAGCAAGGCUCCAUGAGAGAGAGUGCGAGGAGAUCCUAUCACAAUCACCUCUUCGUCGUUCAUUUGGGGCGUCAUUUUUGCUGGAAAAUUCUUCUCGGUUUGGGAAUUUCAAUAAUCCUUUGCACUCUGGUGGUGUUGGUGAAGACAAAGAGAAACUACAAGAUUUAUUUUAUAGAGCAUCAGGAGUUGGAGAAUCUUUCAUAAGCUGUUUCUGUAAGAGCAGCAAAUAUUGUUUUUAGGUAAAUGAGAAAAGUUCUCAACAUUCCGUUCGAACUUGCAUUGUUUAUUUAUUAUAUUGCAUGCAAAGUUAUGUAGCAUUCUUAAUGUCAAUCUCCGGUCAAGUGUUUUUUUUUUUACUUAAAGACAAAUACACAAUGUAAAAAUCUGCAAAUAUAUAGUUUU